AUGUCUUUUGUCGCCAAAUCCACCCAUUCUGUGCCUGUCCCAAAGGUCUUUCGGGCAGACACAUUUGAGGAUGGAACAACCGUCAUUGAGAUGGAAUAUAUCUCAGGGAAGACAUUGCAAGAGUCCUGGCUGGCGCUUUCCGUGGAAGAGAAGAAAAGCUUCGCCCAACAAAUGAAUGCAAUAUUGGAACAGUUACGAUCUUUAGAAGGCCGGUAUAUCGGCGGUAUUGAAGAGGGGCCAGCGGUAGAUAUGCGGAGGGAGACUGAACGAGGCGGGCCGUUCUCCAGUGAAGCCGACUUCAACAAAUUUCUGCAACAAAAUGCCGUCUCGAAGACUCCCAAAAUAUCCCAUUCCAUGCUGGCUGGGCUCAUGUCCGACAAUCACAGGAUUGUUUCACUCAUGGGGAUCUCAGUCUGCGCAACAUCCUCGUCCGAGAUGGUCGUAUCGUGA